CGGGAGCAGCGACAUCUUAGAUUUGCAAUCAGACGUGAUGUCAGCUGUGAAGUAGCGAUGGGUGUGUGUAUACGUGAUAGUCGAUUGACUACGCGACCCCGUAUCGUUCGUUAAAUUAGAUACGACGGCGACAUACGUAAACAGAUCGUAUCGAAUAAAUAGUGAAAAAUUAUCGUGAUUAUUUUUUUCUCCUGCAAAUCCACUCUCACCAAAUGUCACAUAUUUUGUAAAACGAAUAAUAUCGGAAAGGUGAAACUAUUAAAAACAGAGAAGGAAACACUUCAUUCAUCAAAAUGGUUCAACAUUAUCAAUCUCCAGUACGAGUUUACAAACAUCCUUUUGCACUUGUUAUGCUGGCGUACGAAAGAAGAUUUCCAACAUGUCCUCAAAUACCCGUUUUCGUUGGAUGUGAGGUAACAAUGGAUGAAGAGAGCAAUGGUGGGGCGAUAAGGAAGACUGAACGACGUUGUAAACUGAAUGUAGAGGCGCCUUAUAUUCUGAAAAAAAUAAUCGGCGUUGACUUUGUCUACUUUAUCCAACGCAAUGUUCUUGAUAGACGCAACAGCAUUUUGGAAAUUGAAGCGUGUAACGAAAGCUUCUCCAACAGAGUAGGCGUUGUAGAAAAAUGUAAAUAUUAUAUUCACCCAGAAAAUCCAAAUUGGACAUGUUUUGAGCAAACGGCUAGUUUGGACAUAAAAAAUUUCUUUGGAUUUGAAAACUCGAUGGAAAAGUUAGCCAUGAAACAAUAUGCCCAAAAUAUUGCCAAGGGAAAAGAAAUAAUUGAAUAUUUCGUAAACCAAUUGAAAGAAGAAGGCAUAACAUACGUAGAACCCUGGACUGAUCCUUCGCCACAGAAAGAUAUUGAAGUCAAUGUUCCCAUCAAAGGCGAAGGAGAAGCUGUAGGUAAUAAAGAACCCGAUUCUGAGACGAAGCUUCCAAGCAGCCGAGACAUGCAACUUUCGUCGGAUUACAUUGCAAGAUAUCUAGGAAAACUAAAUAUGAUGCAAGAGAGUAGAUUGGUACAGUUGCGUCAUAGUAUAGAAGAAUUACGCGGCAGUUCAGUUCCAGCAGAUGCUACGCUGCUUAGAUUUUUACGCGCUAGAGAAUUUUCAGUCGAAAAAGCCAGAGAAAUGCUAACGCAGUCGUUACACUGGAGAAAGAAGCAUCAAGUUGAUAAGCUUCUGGAUGAUUACGAAGCCCCGCAAGUUGUCAAAGAUUACUUUCCCGGAGGUUGGCAUCACUUUGACAAAGACGGCCGCCCGCUUUACGUUCUACGAUUGGGUCAAAUGGAUGUUAAAGGGUUGCUGAAAUCAAUCGGGGAAGACGAAGUCUUGUUACUGGCUUUGCACGUCUGCGAAGAGGGUCUGCAGCUAAUGGAUGAGGCGACAACAAUUUGCGGCUAUCCUGUGUCUCAGUGGACGCUACUUAUAGAUUUAGAAGGUCUAAACAUGCGUCAUUUGUGGAGACCUGGUAUUAAGGCAUUGUUACGAAUAAUUGAAAUCGUCGAGGCCAAUUAUCCCGAGACAAUGGGUCGUGUAUUGAUUAUACGAGCUCCUAGAUGUUUCCCGAUAUUAUGGACACUUAUCAGCACCUUUAUACACGAAAAUACGAGAAACAAGUUUGUAUUUUCUUGUGGUACCGAUUAUCAAGAGCAGGGCGCUGGAGGUCUGACCGAUUACAUCGGUCAGGAUGUGAUACCAGAUUUCUUAGGUGGUCCAUCAGAGACAUUCAUAGUAGACGGAGGUGUCGUGCCAAAGCAGUUGUAUCGGCUAGAUCUGGAGGUUGGUGCUUCAACGGAACACGAGCACAGCCUUUAUCAAUCUAUAAGUCUCAGUCGGGGUCAAGUCCAUAAUGUCGUUAUACAUUGUAACGAUCCAGGAGCCGUGCUGACGUGGGAUUUUGACGUCAUGAGACACAACGUGACAUUUACCGUACUGCGUAAAACAAGAAACAGUAUAUGUGACGACGCGGGUGGACCGAGUCGCUCGUCUUUCACUAACGGUGAACUAGACGCUGCCGCAACUAAAGAAUGGAAGGAAGGAAUUGAUUGCGUAAAAGUUGAACCCAGUGUAUUGUGUCAUGACGGGGAAAGUAUUCAGGGUACUCACAUAAUGCAAGUAGCAGGAAGUUAUAUCCUACAGUGGCAGUACCAAGAAGAUCAAACCGAACGACUACCAGCAAUUACAUCUCACAAGGCCCAGCUUAUGUAUUUCCACGAAACUCUGCCGUCGGUUCAGUACAGAGGCUCGAUGAUGAGUUUGCAGUCAGCAAUUAGCGGAAAAUCCAUCGCUAGUUCAUCUUUGUCCAGAUGAGAGACAAUAAUUGCUGAAGAUUGUAGCCACGUACCACUUGACGAUGACGCCUAAACAAUCCGAUGUAAACUACUUAAUAGCUUAAAGUCGACUAGCAGAAUUAAUUGCUACGUGGAUUCACCUUAGAACAAUAUAUGAAAACAGUCAGGUCGCUGAUUAAAUUAUAAUUUUUUUUUUUUUUUUUUUUUUUUUGCAACAAAUUUGAAGUUACGUACGAUACAUCAAGAAUGAAGGAUAUUUCUAGUGAAAAUACGAUUUACAAAUCUAGAUCUAUGAAUAGUGUUUUGUAAACUUUUCUGUUAUAUAUUUUUUUCUUUUCUUUUUUGUUUUUAUCUUUAGGUAUUACCUAAUAUUAUCGGAGUGAAACAGUCUUUUCAAAGAAAUUUUAGACUUGUUUGGCGUUAGAUGUAAUUAGACAGAGUGAAGUGCAGCUAGCUAAAAAAAAAAGAAAAAAAAACGAGUAUAGUACCUACAUUCAAAUCUCUAAUCAUCAAUUCGCAGAAAUGUUUUAUUUAUGUUCGUUUUUCUCCCGUUUUGGAGAUUUUAACGUUCAGGCAGAGUUAUUAACGAAUAGUGCAGAAUCGUUCUGUUUACUGUGCAAAAGAGGAAUAAUAACUUGGUGAUAUGAUGAUAUAUCUAAAUAAAUAUUUUAAAUUCAGUAGUACGAAAUUGGGGUCGUUGUAAUAAAAUUUACAAAAGAUAUAUGUAACACACGACAAAAUUUGGUCAAAAGUGAAAAAAAAAUUAUUUACACUUCCCCCACGCUGCGACUACAGUAAUUUGUAUGUAAAUAUACACAGACUUGCUAUAAUCAAUUAAUAUUGAAGCAAUAUUAUAGAAUAAGUGAUAAGAAUACAGACCUACUUUUGAGCCAAUAAAUACUGGACUAUAAGGAAAAACACACACAUAAUAAUGUCCUAUAAAUGAUACGGGUGAAUUGAUAUAAUUAUUCGGUAUCAAGCAAUAAUGGAGUAACGAGGAUGAGAUGGAAAAAAAAAAAAAAAUACUAAAAAUUGAAAAACCGUAUCCAAUAAAUGUUUCACGUAUGUCGAUACCUCGCAAUAGUAAAGAUAUGAACAAACUCAAUGUACCAACAUUUCACAAAAAUGCAACACAUGUACAAAGAGGCAGAAAACAAAUAACCAAAAAACAAAAAAAAAAAAAAAGAACGAAAAA